CUACCCUUUCUCCCUCGUCCAAGCUACCUCCCACUGCUUCUCUCAGACAGAGUGUUUCUUUCUUGUCUUCCAAUUAUGCCGUUGCUUGUCGAAAAGACCGCCGGUGGCCGUGAGUACAAGGUCAAAGAUAUGUCUCAGGCUGACUUCGGCGGCCGCGAGAUCGAGCUGGCCGAGGUUGAUGAAAUGCCUGGACUCAUGGAUUACCGUGUUGAGUUUGGCCCCUCGCAGCCUUUCAAGGGAGCCAAGAUCACUGGUUCUCUGCACAUGACCAUCCAGACUGCUGUCCUUAUUGAGACCCUCACUGCUCUCGGUGCUGAGGUCCUCUGGUGCUCCUGCAACAUUUUCUCCACCCAGGACCAUGCUGCUGCCGCCAUCGCUCCUGACUCCGCCGUCGUCUUCGCCAGGAAGGGCGAGACUCUCCAAGAGUACUGGUGGUGCACCGAGAGAGCUCUCGACUGGGGGCAUGGCGGUGGUCCCGAUCUGAUCGUCGACGAUGGUGGUGAUGCGGCGCUGUUGAUCCAUGAGGAAAUGAAGGCCGAAGAGAUCUAUGAGAAGACCGGCCAGCUUCCUGAUCCAUCUCCCACUGACAAGCACGGGCUAGAGGCCUACCCUGGUGUGAAGUGCAUCACCAUCAAGCCUCAAACCGAUUGCUGGGUCUUCCCUGAAACCAACCCAGGCAUCGUUGUCGUCGUCGUCGUCGUCGGGCUACGUCUACCGUGCAUUUGGAAUUGCGUGGUGGCAUACAUGGACUCACUCAUGGCCGUCCGAUUCAUCAACGAAGGCAGAGAACCAGACAAUCAAUCCGCUGCUCUCCCGUUGGAUAUUAAGAUUUUGAUGAAAGAGUUCGAAUUGUGCUAGUUGCAACAUACUUUGUGUGUGAAGGCAAUGUUGCGGCUGACCUCUUGGGUUCUCUUGGUCAUCCCAGGCACCAAUAUCUUAGAUUCUCCACCUUUUGGUCUUCACCACAUCCUCGUUAGGGACUUGUUAGGGGCUAGCUUCCUCUGAUCUUAGCUUCGUAGUUUAAGUUUUCUGUGGAUGAUUAUUGUUAAAAAUAAAUAAAUAAAAAUAAAAACGCUUUCAUUGU